GAACGCAUCGGCCCAACUCAAAAGGGGGAGUGUCCAAGAGGGAAAAGAAGAGCUCCUUUCAAGAGGGUGGGACGCGAAGGCAGCUCGGCCGUUAAAAAGGUGACGUUUUCCGGGUGGAUUCUGUCCUCUGGCUCCGUUUAGACAAGGACGAGCUUGCCUCAACUCCAAUUUAAGAUAUCACCCAAUUAUCCUACAAUGGCAGCGAUUGGAAACCGUGGAACAGUUACUGAGGCUUCUGGGUUCGACCCAGAGGCAGACGUCCAGAAGCUUCGUGGAGCCAUGAAGGGAGCGGGCACCGACGAGGCCGCCAUCACCGAGGUCUUAGCGCAUCGUACCAUUGCCCAGAGGCAGCGCAUCAAGGAGGCCUACAAGCAGACAGUGGGGAAGGACCUGUCAGAGGACUUGUCCUCAGAGCUGAGUUCCAACUUCAGGAGCGUGGUCCUGGGUCUGCUGAUGCUGGCGCCGGCGUACGACGCCUCGGAGCUGAAAGCCGCCAUGAAGGGCGCCGGGACAGAGGAGGCGUGCCUCAUCGACAUCCUGGCCUCCAGGUCAAACGCCGAAAUCCAAGCCAUCAACGCCUUUUACAAAAAGGAACACGGGAGUGACCUGGAAGACGACGUGUGUGGAGACACGUCGGGAAUGUUCCAGAGAGUUCUGGUCUCCUUACUAACGGCCGGGCGUGACGAAAGUGACACGGUGGACGAGGCCCAGGCGGUGCAGGAUGCCAAGGAGAUCUACGAGGCUGGCGAGGCUCGAUGGGGAACAGACGAGGUCAAGUUCCUGACUGUUCUUUGUGUCAGGAACCAGAAGCAUCUGUUGAGAGUGUUCCAGGAGUACCAGAAGAUUUCGGGAAGAGACAUCGAGGAGAGCAUAAAGAGGGAGAUGUCAGGCUGCCUGGAGGAGGUUUUCCUGGCUAUAGUGAAAUGCUUGAAGAACAAACCAGGAUUCUUUGCAGAACGUCUGUACAGAUCAAUGAAGGGUCUGGGGACCACAGAUAGUGUCCUUAUCAGAAUAAUGGUGUCCAGGGCUGAGAUUGACAUGCUGGACAUCAAAGCACAGUUCCUGAAGAUGUACGGCAAGACUCUGCACUCCUUCAUCAAGGGAGACACAUCCGGCGACUACAGCAAAAUCCUGCUGGAGCUGUGCGGGGAGUGAAGGAAGAAAACAAAAGAGUCACAUCAAAUGACGAAAUCCCGACGCGCAUCAUCAUCUUCCAAAUAUGGCCUUUUACAUUUCUCCUCUUGACCUCAGUGCCUUCUUUUAUUCUUUCCAAAGCCCAUUAAAAAGUAAGCCCACA